AUGUCGACGGGUGAGCUCUCUGCGGAGGCCGCCGCCUACUUCGAGGAAAAACACAUCAAUUCCCUGCUGGAGGAAUUGUUCCACGAUGUUGUGAUGCAUCUCCCUGAUGACCCCCUGCAGUUCCUGCUGCAUGCGCUCGACGGAAAGACAACCCUGCGGCUCCUAGUGCUGGGACCGUCCGGCUGCGGCAAGCGCACGCAGUCCCGACGCAUCGCCCAAAAGUACGGUGCCGUCGUCGUCAAUGCUGACGAUGUCUUUCGUGAGGAGAUGUCAAGAAAAACAGAAGCGGGCGAAAAACUAGCGAGCUGCAUGCGGGAUGGCUUACCGAUUCCUAGUGACAUUGCGUCCGAGCUUAUUAUACGUCGACUGCAGGAGGAGGAUACCCGUAGCAAGGGAUGGGUGCUUAACGGCUUUCCACAAACGCGAUCCCAGGCACUUCGUCUGCAAGAAGCAGGGAUUUCGCCACUUCUCUUUAUUCUGCUGGAUGUUUCUUCUGAGGUGGCGGUGCGGCGGUGCGACGGACGCCGAUAUGACCCCGUCACACAGAACGUUUACCACAUGGAGUUCGCCCCUCCUCCACGUGGAAUGCCUGUGGAGCGCAUGUCCGAGGACGACGGCUCCCUCGCAGCAGUGGCGAGCCGGUGGAAGUACUUUGAUGCAAGGAAGAACGAACUCAUCGAGUGCUACGAGCCUGUUUUUGUUCGCAUCGACGGGGAUCGCCCUGUGGAUGUUGUGUCGCAGGAAAUCUGCGAGCAGGUGGAUGCUCGAUAUGUCGCGGUGUAA